GUCAACUAUGGCUCCCCUCUCGUAGUGAUGGAGGCGCUUCGUUGACAACAAAACCAAACUGCCACUUUUUUUCUAUUGUCUGUCUCCUGACACGAGUGGGAAUUACAAUGCAGAAGAUAAAGUCACUCAUGGCCCGGCAGGGUCUGAAAAGCCCCCAAGAGAGCAUGGCAGACCUCAGUCCUGUGGAGAACCUCAGGAUCCCAAGCAAGGAGGAGUUGCGGGAGCUGAGGGAGCAGCCCAUUGACCCCCAGGCGGAGCAAGAGAUCAUCGACAGCAUCGAGGAGGUCUACUUUUCUAACGACUCCUUCGACAUGGUGCAGCACGAGCUGGAGAAACUCCCACCUGAGCUAAACCUGCAGGAGCUGGAGGAGUACAGAGACAAACUGAAGAAACAACAAGCAGCAGUUUCUAAAAAGGUCGCUGAUCUGAUCCUGGAGAAACAGCCUGCUUAUGUCAAGGAGCUGGAGAGAGUGACAGCAUUACAGACGAACCUGCAGCUGGCAGCAGUCAUUUGCACUAAUGCAAGAAGGCAACUAAGUGUAGCGAAGGAGGGAUUCACAGAAGCCAGCCUGGGUCUGUUGGCCAAUCAGAGGAGACGACAGCUGCUCACAGGCCUGCUGAAAUCACUGAGAACCAUCAAGACACUGCAAAGAACAGAUGUACGACUCAGCGAGAUGCUUGAGGAGGAAGACUAUCCAGGUGCAAUCCAGCUCUGCCUGGAAUGUCAAAAAGCUGCCAGCACCUUCAAACACUACAGCUGCAUAAGUGAGUUGAAUUCCAAACUACAAGACACUCUGGAGCAAAUCGAGGAGCAGCUUGAUGUCGCCCUCUCCAAGACGUGUAAAAAUUUUGAUGUUUCGCACUACACCAAGGUCCAGUCGGCCUACACACUCCUGGGCAAGACACAGACUGCCAUGGACCAGCUACACAUGCACUUCACCCAGGCCAUCCACAACACUGUGUUCCAAGUUGUUCUGGGAUAUGUGGAGCUUUGUGCUGGCAACGCUGAUACCAAGUUCCAGAAAAUGCAAUACAAGGACCUCUGCACGCAUAUCACCCUGGACAGCUACAUACCCUGCCUGACAGAUCUUUGCAAGGCAUUAUGGGAGGUGAUGCUGAGCUACCAUCGCACCAUGCAGUGGCACGAGGAGCAUGACAAACUGGAGGCUGCACCCUCUCCAGAUGACACAGCAGUGUUGGAGUCUGACGAGUUGGUGGUGGACCGCAGCUAUGUCAAGAAGAAGCUGGAACAUGGGCUGACGCGGAUUUGGCAGGAUGUCCAGCUGAAAGUUAAGGCCUACAUCCUCGGCACAGACAUGUCCAACUUCAAAUAUGAUGAUUUCAUCGUAGUCCUAGAUGUCAUCAGCAGGUUGAUGCAGGUGGGUGAGGAGUUCUGUGGCAGCAAGUCUGAGGUCCUACAGGAGUCCAUCAAACGCCAGAGUGUCAACUAUUUCAAGAACUACCACAGGGCACGACUGGAAGAGCUGAGGAUGUUUCUGGAAAAUGAGACGUGGGAGCUGUGCCCGGUCAAGUCAAACUUCAACAUCGCACAGCUCCAUGAGUUUAAGUUCAUGGGCCAGUGCCGCUCUCCAUCCGUGUCCCCGAGCAGACAAGCGGUGUCCUCGACCAGCCCGGCUCAGGAGGAGAUGUCUCUAUUUCAGCAGUACCUGCAGGAGGGAAACCCCUUUGAGAUGCACACUGAGCACAGAGAGGAGGAGACUGAGGAUGUCCUGGCAUCUAACGGAUAUGAGUCAGAUGAGCUGGAGAAGAGUGUGUAUCAAGAUUACGACAGUGACAGUGAUGUCCCAGAGGAGCUCAAGCAGGACUUUGUGGACGAGCAGACAGGAGACGUCCCCCUCAAGAGUGUGUCCCGAGAGACCAUCCGAAGCAAGAAGAAGUCUGACUACAACCUGAAUAAAACCAACGCACCUAUUCUCACCAAUACCACCCUCAACGUCAUCCGGCUUGUCGGUAAAUACAUGCAGAUGAUGAACAUCCUGAAGCCAAUCGCCUUCGAUGUCAUCCACUGUGUGUCACAGCUGUUUGACUACUACCUGUAUGCUGUCUACACCUUUUUUGGGCGCAAUGACAUGUAUGAGUCAUCGGGUAUGGGCCUUAUCAGCAGCAGACUAAGAACCACGCUGAAUCGGAUCCAGGAGAGCCUCAUCGACGUGGAGGCAGUGGGGGAGAAUGCAGGAGUCCACGGUCCAGCAGAGGACAAGAAGGAGAAGGUGCCCAGCCCCCACCUCAGCCAACUGGUGGUCCUCACUAACAGCGGGACUCUUUAUGGGCUCGCCCAGCGGGUGGUGGCCACUGAAUCUCUUGUUUUUCUUGCUGAACAAUUUGAAUCCCUCCAGUCCCACCUGGACACCAUGAUGCCUGCAGCCAAGAAGCCCUUCCUACAACAGUUUUACUCCCAGACGGUGUCGACAGCCAGUGAACUCCGGAAACCAAUUUACUGGAUUGUUGCAGCAAAGGCCAUCGACUACGAACAAAUGCUGCUCAUGAUGGCAGGAGUUAAAUGGGACAUUAGAGAGAUAAUGUCACAGCAUAAUGUGUACGUGGACGCCCUGUUAAAGGAAUUUGAACAGUUCAACAAGCGUCUUGGAGAUGUUUCCAGACAUGUACGCAUCCCGCUGCCUGUGUCUAAUGUCCUGUGGGAGCACUGUAUCCGUCUGGCCAACAGGACUCUAGUAGAAGGCUAUGCCAAUGUGAAGAAAUGUAGCAACGAGGGCCGGGCCCUGAUGCAGCUCGACUUCCAACAGUUCCUCAUGAAGCUGGAGAAGCUGACCGACCUGCGACCCAUCCCUGACAAAGAGUUUGUGGAGACCUACAUCAAGGCCUACUACCUGACGGAAAACGACAUGGAGCAGUUUAUCAAGAACCACAGGGAAUACUCCAUGAAGCAGCUAGCCAACCUAGUGAAUGUUUGCCUCGGCUCACACAUCAACAAGAAGGCUCGUCAGAAGCUUCUGGCAGCAAUCGAUGACAUUGACAGACCCAAGAGAUAGACUGACGGCCAGAGCUGACCCUGAACGCAUCAUCAUCAUCCAGUCACAGAGACGGACACUCCAGCACAGAAUGUCUUUAUUUCCACUUUCACAUUGGGGUGUAUUGAACAAGUACAGACGCUGUAUACAUCAAUGUAAGCUAAUACGUUAGCCGUAUGCUAAUUGUAUAUUAAUCCAUAGUCAUUGUGUGGUCAAAAACACAAUUUUUUGACUUGUUGAAUGCACCUCACAGCAUAAAUACUAAAAACUUUCAUCAUCAAGCAUGCUGCAGUUACUCUACAUAUACUGAACAUGGAUCACAGUGCACACUUUUUCCUUUUCAUUUACUAAAUAUGCUGCUUACAAAGUUUUAUGCAAAUGUCUGCAACCACAACAACUUCAGAUUCUCCAGUAACCAUGCAAAGAUCGUUCACAUCCCAAUUAAAGAAUGUAAACUUGAGAUGGCAUCUCAUCUUUUUUUGCUCAGUUUCUCACAUGACUCCCUUCUUCAGAUUAAAAUACUAUAAUACUUAAUUUCAAAGUCCUGUAAAACGAGUUUUGUAUGAAAAAUGGCUGGAUUACAGAUCAAAGAAGAGUCAGUAGGGGUUAUUAACCUCUUCUUUCUGUUACCAAGCUUCAUCCUUUGGCUGAAUGUCCUUCAGAUGUAUAUUCGAUAGAUCUUGGUUCUUUUUCCCCUCUUUGAUUUAUCAUUUUCCUCUGGAUAUUAUUUUAUUUCAGGUUAUGUUUUGUGCCUGGCUGGAUUCUUAUGUCUGUGUUUGUUUGUUCUGUCUGUCGUUGACAUAAAUUUAAUAUAAUAAUGAUUAUGAAAAUAAUAUAAAUUGCUAUAGUUAGCAUAUUGUAUAUGAUCUCCUGCUGCUUUUGAUUGUUUGGCAUUCAUCAUAUCUGAGGAGAAAAUUACUUUAAUGUUCUGGAGUCAGUUUUUGAAAAAUCAGGUUCCUGGCCUUCAUGCUGACUAGUAAAAUGUUGUUUUAAUAUCAGUUUCGGACUCUGAUGAUGUGAUUUCUCACAAAUCUGCGACUGAACUGUGUCAAGAGCUUUCCUCUGUGCUUUAAAGCCCCCCUCCUGUCGUCUCCAUUAGGCCAGACCUGCCGAGAGCGCAGAUUGAUUUUCUGCUGAAGAGAGUAAAAAAAAAAAGACCUGGAGUUGCAGCUUUUGAUACGGCUUCAUAUUUCCUGUGCAACUGUUCCAUGAAGAAUACUGUAAAUGUGAAUGUUUUGAACAGUGUAUGUAUUUAUUUCUCGCUCUGUGUCUUGUUUUGGGGUUUUAUAUGAUGAUUGCUGGAAGUGUGCUGCCAUUGAUCACCUCUCAGCAUCUUGUAACUUAUCAGCUGAAGCUAAAAGGUAUAUUUAAACUUUGUCAGAAUUAUGUUUAGGGUCAAGUGCACUAAAGUGAAAAUAAUCAGUAAUCAGUGUUUAACUGUAGGUUGAUCCAAAAUGAUUCUAACAUAAUAAACACACUAAUAAGAAGA